UCUGGGCGCAGCGGAGCAAUUGGGUACGAUUAAACAUUUUGCACACGAAACUUUUGCGCAUGCGUAGUUACAACAGGAAGUGUAGUAAAUAUUGCAAAAUAUUAUAUCAAAAGGUGUAUUUCUUUGGAGAAUCAACAGAAAAACAGACAAGAUGGCAGCCCCUCCUCCAUAUCCUGGAAAUGAGAAAGGAAUGCCACCACCACCAAACCCUGCCUAUCCUCAGCAGCAGGGUCCAGCAGGCUAUAGUGCACCUCCGUAUGGACAACCAGCCUAUCCCCAACAACAGCAAGGUUAUCCAGGUGGUCAAUAUGGUCAGCAGCAGUAUGGUCAGCAGGGAACGACUGUAGUCGUGUCCCAGCCUGCGUACACGGUUGUGCAGCAUUUCCGCGAGUCCCCUGUUCGCAUCAAGUGUCAAUUCUGUCAGGCUGAUGUGGUCACAUCCACAUUCUACGAGACCGGCACCCUGACAUGGGUCGCCUGUUUCGUGAUCGCCAUUGUUGGCUGCUGGAUAGGCUGCUGCCUGAUCCCCUUCUGUAUGGAUGCGUGCAAGGACGUGGUGCACCAGUGCCCCAACUGCAACCAGCAGGUCGGCCGCUACAACCGCAUGUAGCCCCGCCCACAAGGGACACACCCUGUUCACACACCCAAGACGGCAAGCCCUCACAUCAGCCGUAACAGCCUAGCAGCCAAGAGACCAAAUCAUUCCUACAAUUUUUACUGACUUUAUGGUUUUAUUAUCAUUUGUGAUUUUUAUGUUGUUUUUUACUACAAUUAUUUUUACAUACAGAGAAAACCAUGUCAUUUUUUCGUUCUUUAAUCAAUUGUAUAAUGGACUUCUUUUUAUGUUCACCAACAUUUAUUUUUUUAUCACUCUUUUUAAUAUUGUAACAUGUUUUUAUUAGAACUGCAUUGGGUUUUUUGAUUUUAUCUCCACACAUAUUGUCUUAUUUUAAUUGAUGUUGUUAAUGUCACAUCAUGUUUAUAAGGUUGGUUGUGUCUUGUUCCUGCUCCACAUAACUACCGUAAGCCAAUGAGAUCUUGGGCGAAAGUCAUGCUAUAAAGGUGCAUUAAAGAAGUCUGUUAUUUGUUUCAUCAGAAUCAGUUUUCUUCUUCCAUUACAUUAGAUCUACUCUUAUGAUAGGGUGUGUGAAUAUAUAAAAACCUAUAUUCAAAAUUUGCUAUGGCUGAUCAAUUAUCAAUGUCUUUAUCAUCUUUGUAUUGUACAUCAUUGUAUCCUAUAUACAUACAUAAGCAGUCCUUUACAAGAAACUGAUAUCAAGCAAGCAAUUCUGUAACUUAUUAUUUGUUUUUAAAACAUUUUAUAUGUACAUUUUUUCACUGCAAAGAUAAUUUAUGUUUUAUUUAGUUGUGAAACAACACAUUUUUAACAAGUCUAAUAAGGAAUUUAAAAAGUUUUUUUUAAAUUUUAUUACAAGAAAUACUUGAUUCCUUUCUUAACAGAAAAACGUCCCUUUACGUCUUUUUCAUGUGCCUAAAAUAACUGUGAUAACAAUAUAAAAAUAAAACCAUUUGUAAAAUUCACAAUGGCAUUACUGCUCAGAAAAGGAAUAUCUCCUGUGUUUGACACUUUAUAUAAAUUAGACAUUGUAAUUAAUAUCUGUCGCUAAAAGGAGAUACCUUUUAGUUCAACUCCAACUUUUUUAAUGAAGUAAGGACCCCCAUCUUGUUGAUAUAUACUAUGAUGUUGCCAAGUUAAAAUUUUAAUUUAUGCAGAAUGAAAUCUGGUUUUAUUUUCGUUACGUUAAUCAAUUGUGUUUUGUAAAUUAAAGUUGAUCUGUAUUAAAAUUUCCUAUUCUC